GCGGCAGCUGUGGCUGCGUCUGCGCGGAGCCGAGCGCGCUCUGUAGCGCGGUCCGCAGUGGAGGCGGCGCAAACAGCCAGGGGGCGGCGGAUGGCUCUGCGGGGCCUGGCAGGCUCGGGGCCCGGCUCCCGCUGGCCGCUGGGUCAGGCGGGGGCAGCGGACGAGGAACGCGAGGCGCCGGCCGUGGUGGCGGCGGGAGACGCGCCAGAGGACGUUGAAGAGGACGAGGGCCGCAGCCGGGGCCUGCUGCGCUGGGACGGCUUCUCAGCCUGGCUGCAUUGCGUGUGUGUGGUGGGCUUCGACCUGGAGCUGGGCCAAGCCGUGGAGGUAAUUUAUCCUCAACAUUCCAAACUUACUGAUAAAGAAAAAACCAAUAUUUGCUAUUUGUCUUUUCCAGAUUCAAAUUCAGGUUGUCUUGGAGAUACCCAGUUUUGUUUUAGAUUUCGACAGUCUUCUGGGAGGAGGGUGUCACUGCAUUGUCUCCUGGAUCAAUUUGAGAAAGAUUUACCAGUUUACUUAAAGAAGGAUCCUGCCUAUUUUUAUGGAUAUGUGUAUUUUCGACAAGUUCGAGACAAAACUCUAAAAAGAGGCUACUUUCAGAAGUCCUUGGUUUUGAUCAGCAAACUACCUUAUAUUCAUUUUUUUCACUCUGUGCUCAAACAGAUAGCACCAGAGUAUUUUGAAAAGAAUGAACCUUAUUUGGAAGCAGCUUGUAAUGAUGUUGAUCGAUGGCCUGCACCAAUGCCAGGGAAAACAUUACAUCUGCCUAUUAUGGGGGUAGUAAUGAAGGUACGGAUUCCCACAUGUCAUGACAAGCCUGGGACAACUCAAAUAGUGCAGUUAACUCAGCAGGGAGACACACAUAUAUCUGUUAUUUUACCUACUGUUCAUGAGGUGGAUCUUUUCAGGUGUUUCUGCCCAGUUUUCCUUCAUAGUCAGAUGCUUUGGGAGCUGGUGCUGUUGGGUGAGCCCCUCGUGGUCAUGGCACCGUCACCAUCAGAGUCGUCAGAGACUGUAUUGGCACUUGUUAACUGUAUUUCUCCAUUAAAGUACUUCAGUGAUUUCCGACCUUAUUUCACUAUUCAUGAUAGUGAAUUCAAAGAAUAUACCACCCGUACUCAAGCCCCGCCCUCAGUCAUAUUAGGAGUAACCAACCCUUUUUUUGCAAAAACACUCCAGCACUGGCCACACAUUAUUCGGAUAGGAGACCUUAAACCUGCAGGUGAAAUUCCUAAGCAGGUUAAAGUGAAAAAAUUGAAGAACCUAAAGACUCUGGAUUCUAAACCUGGAGUUUAUACUUCUUAUAAGCCAUAUCUAAAUAGAGAUGAAGAAAUCAUGAAACAAUUGCAGAAGGGUGUACAACAGAAGCGUCCUUCUGAGGCUCAAAGCGUUAUUCUCCGACGUUAUUUUUUGGAACUGACACAAAGCUUCAUCAUUCCGUUAGAAAGAUAUGUGGCAAGCUUGAUGCCUUUGCAGAAAAGCAUUUCUCCAUGGAAGAGUCCACCCCAAUUAAGACAGUUCCUUCCAGAAGAAUUUAUGAAAACACUUGAGAAAACAGGACCUCAGCUGACCUCUAGAAUAAAAGGCGAUUGGAUUGGACUUUACCGGCAUUUUCUAAAAUCUCCAAAUUUUGAUGGUUGGUUCAAGACCCGGAGGAAGGAAAUGACCCAGAAACUGGAGGCACUCCAUCUGGAAGCUCUUUGUGAAGAGGACUUACUUCACUGGACCCAGAAACACACAGAAGUAGAAACAGUAGACCUUGUAUUGAAGCUAAAAAACAAGCUGUUGCAGGCUGAUCGAGAGCAUUUACCUGUGAAACCUGACACUAUGGAAAAGUUACGGACACAUAUAGAUGCAAUUAUUUUAGCAUUGCCAGAGGACCUACAAGGCAUACUGCUCAAAACGGGCAUGACAUGAUAUUUGCCAGGAUUUUCCAGCCAAAAGGAUUGUACAUCAUGAAGCAUACUGACACUUCAACCAGACGCCCAAGAUCUCUCGGAGCGGAAAAUAGCCGUGAAUGCUAGCUACAGGGUUGAAAGACUAUACUGUAUAAACAGACCUUUUUAGUGCAUUAGUUUUAAAAAAAUGGAUAUCUGUGGUGGUUCCACUUUAAUACUGAAACACCAAAAGGCAUUUCUAUAUUUUUAAUCAUGUUCUAAAGUGCUCUUAUGAGAGACCUGUGGGGCCAUCAGUUUAAGCGAUUCCAAACUGCAGUGCUGGCAUUGCAGAUAUUUUUUUAAAUUGGUGCUUCUCUGCCCAAUCAUGAUAAAACUCAGGGGGAUAUAAAAAUGACAUUCACACUGGCUAUCUUCUUAAGAAGAAGGAAAAGACUGAACUGUCAGACUGUAGUUAGGAGUGAUUAAUGCUUUUGUAGUGCCUUCCGUUGUCCUACGUGUUUCACAAAGCCCAGCUGCUAGUCUUGAAGCUUUUUCUUAACGUGAUUAUAUGUAGUUUUUUAUAAGGCAUUCUUUUGAGUAAUCAUUGCUUAAAAAUAUGUUUUUUGCCUCCCAUUGUGUUCAUUAUUAGUGGCAUUGGUGUUUUUUUUUUCAAUUGUCAUAGAGGUUUCAUUUCAUUAUUUUCUAUACCAGUUUCAAAUUUAAUCUGUUUCACCAAAGGGAAGAAGACAUCUAGUAUUAAUUAUGGAAGAGUUUAUUUCCUCUUACCUUUGCUAAUUGGGCCCAAGUUAAUUAGCUUGUCUGUUUUUCAAAGACAUUCUAAUUAUAAACCUCAUAAUCAGCUACUUUUUAAAACAACUAUUCUUAUUUUAAAGGCAUUUGUAAAACUUUUUUUUUUUUUUUGCGGUACGCACUGCUGUGGCCUCUCCCGCCGUGGAGCACAGGCUCUGGACGCGCAGGCCCAGUGACCACGGCCCACGGGCCCAGCCGCCCCGCGGCACGCAGGACCUUCCCGGACCGGGGCACGAACCCUUGUCCCCUGCAUCUGCAGGCGGACUCCCAAUCACCAGGGAAGCCCUAAAACUUUUAUGUGAUAGUCAUUUGAGCGAUUAUAAGAUUGAUUUCUAGCAUUAUUUGUUUGGUAGGGUUUUUUCCCCCAAAAUUAAUAUUUCUCAGAAUACUUUCCCUACUGUUGUUUGACAUGGAACUUUUGCCUCAAUCACUGUUAUAGCUAGUUUUUUGUCAUUGUUGUUUUUGUUUGUUUCUGUUUUGUUUUGUUUACACUAUACUACCUUGCCAAAAAUAGAAGAUUGUGGUUUGGUAGAAUAAGGUUUUUUCGUUAGUGUUUGAAUAGGAGUGUCCUGAAGAAGCCACUGUUUAAAAUAGGCACACAUGACAUAGCACAUAUGUAAAUAGCUGUGUCUUGAAUUACCCUUUACAUAUCCAAAUUUAGUUGUAGGUUGUAAAAGAAAUGGCUUCAGGAGCUAUCUCUUAUUCUCUGUUAAUGUAACUCUUAAGGGCACUCCUGACCUAAGAAAGGGUCCUUGGUGUUUGUAACUGUGGUCUUCUAUCCAAAUGUGCCCUUUUCUCAUGGAUACAAGUCUCUUGAAGCAUACCUCAAAGUCAUGGAGAGAAUGUGGCAUUUGAAAGGAAUCACAUGAGUUAUUUUGUGAAACAACAGUUGUCCUCAUGGAAAAGGGGCAACUACUUUUAUAUGCUAAAGUAUUUCAUAUCUUCCUGGGAAACCUUAUUUAGGUAUAAAUGGUCAUCUUAUUAUUUUUCAAAAAGGUGUAUUUUAAUAAUCUAACAAUUUAUAUGUAGUUUGUGACCAGAGUUUGAAAGUUGUUAGUGUCAUAUCAAGGAUUUUUUAAAUUAUACCACUACAGGAUGUAUCAUUUCAACUUUAUUUUGCACAGCUAAAGAGAAGCAAAGGAUGCCAAUUAGCGUAAUAACGGUAUCUUCAUAUUUACUGUACUUAACAAAAAGCCUAACACAUGUUGAAAACCAUAUCAUACUUACCGGGUUUAUCUAUUAAUUUCAAAUUAUGUACUUGUAAAAAUAACUUAAAAUUGCAUUGGGAACCUGAGAAAGACUGGUAACUUUAAUUUUGAGGGUGAUUUUCAGAGCUGUCUUUUUUUUUUUUUCCCGGAGGAGACAUUAAGAUCUAAAACCUGCCAUUUAAUGUGUAUCUUCACCAGCAUCAGAAGGAAUCACUGCUUUCAGGGUGUUAUGUAAUGCCUAGUGCCUUCUGUUUUCAGUGAAAGGGGUUUUGAGAAGGCAUUUAUGGUCAUUACUGAAAACUAAUUAAAGGCCUUAGAUUUUAAAGCC